AUGGACUCGGUCGCAUUCGACAUCAACGAUGCGCUCAAGCAUUACAUGAGCGACCCUGCCAGCAUACCAACUCCAGAGGCAGAUGGCUCCCUUUUCGACUGCGAAAAUGACCCCGAGGGCCUCACCAACGGCGUCGUCAACCCCGUUCUCAACCCCAUUGUUGACGCCGUCGCCGAGAACCCCGAGGCCAUCACUCGCAGCGCCCAUCUCGAUUCUCUCCAGUUCCUCCUAAAGUGCGCACCCAUCUCCCCUUGUCCUUCAGACCCCUCUCCUUCGAUUCCUUUAUCCUCCUCCAGGCUCUCCGCGAAACAAAGACGUGAUUCUGAACGUAUGAACCCUUCCAGGUAUACCACCUUCUUGCCAACACAUGCCCUGAGCAAGAUCUUCGACCUCAUCAUGUCCGGCCUUGCCGCCGAGGCUGAUGCCAUAAACCACGACCUCGAGUCCCCCGACGAACAAGAGACCCUCGCACACCACAAGCAACUUCUCGAGAUCUACGGCUUCCUCCUGCAGUGGACCAUCGCUGCCGUCGAGACCAAGGCUGCCGAAAAGUCGACAACAGCACCCGUGGCCCGAGGCCGCGGCAAGCCAAAGAAGAAUGCGCCCAAGGGCCAAGACGGCGUCUGGGACUCCGCCAGCCAGUUGCAAUCCGCCCUCGACAUCAUGAGCAAGGUCCUCAAGUUGAAGCUCUCCAAGAUCUUCCUCACCACUUCCGAGAGAGACACCUUUGUCGGUCUGCUAACUCGUCCGGUCUACAUGGUGCUCGAGAGCGAACAGCGCGUCAAGGCCAUCUCCAUCAGGAUGCACGCCUUCAAAGUCCUCUGUAUCGCCGUCAAGCACCACGGCCAUGCCUACGCUGCCCAGAUUUCUAUAGUUCAGAAUCUGACGUACUUCGAGCAUCUCUCCGAACCCAUGGCCGAGUUCCUUCACAUCUUGGCUGAAACCUACGACUACCCCCAACUGGCCGACGAAAUCCUGCGCGAGCUCAGUAACAAGGAGUUCAACAGCAACGACACCAAAGGCCCAAAGUCCGUCUCGCAAUUUAUUGUCAAGCUCUCCGAGCUGGCCCCUAGAAUCGUCAUUAAGCAGAUGACGAUGCUUGCCAAGCAGUUGGACAGCGAGUCAUACACUCUGCGUUGCUCCUUGAUCGAAGUUUGUGGAAAUAUGGUUGCCCACCUUGUCAAGCAGGAUGAGCGUGGCGAGAACCACAAGUCCCAGCUCGACGCCUUCUUCGACGUCCUGGAAGAGCGUUUCCUCGACAUCAACCCCUACUGCAGAUGCAGAGCCAUUCAAGUCUACGUCAAACUGUGCGAUCUCGAGCAAAAGUUCCCCAAGAGACGACAGCGCGCCGCAGAGCUUGCUUGCCGAAGCCUGGAGGACAAGAGUAGUCACGUAAGAAGGAAUGCCAUCAAGCUUCUCGGCACCCUCAUCAAGACACACCCCUUCACUGCCUUACACGGCGCCCUGCUAGUCCGUAAGGACUGGCAGGCUCGCCUCGACAAAGUGGAAGAGGAAUUGAACGCUUUGAAGCCUCCCGAGGGCGCCGGCCUUGGCGACAACACCGCUGUCGACAAUACUCUUCUGGACGACGCCACUCAGGUCGAACAAUCCCCGCAGAAGCCCAUGACUGAUGAACAAAAGUUCGAGGCAGUGAAGAAGGCGCGCGAAGAAGCUGCUACGUCUGAGGCGAUUGAAAAGCUCACGCUGACGAAGCGAUACUACUCCGAGGCUUUGAAGUUCAUUGAUGUUCUUCACGACGCCACUGGUACAGUUUGCCAGUUGCUUGGCUCCAGGAACAAGAGCGAGGUCAUUGAGGCCAUGGACUACUUUGAGAUUGGCGAUGCCUACAAGAUCGAGCAAAACAAGGUCGGCAUCCGCCGUAUGUUGCGUCUCAUUUGGACCAAGGGCAACAGCGACGAGGGCAAGGGCGUCCAGAGCCAUCUCAUCGAUGUGUACAAGCGCAUCUUCUUCGAGGCACCCGGCAACUUCACCGCGAACGAUGCUGCCAACUACAUUGCUCGCAACAUGAUCAGUCUUACGAGUGAAACAACGCCUGCUGAAUUGACUUCGCUCGAGCAGCUCUUGGCCACUAUGAUGAAGGGUGGUCUGAUUCCUGAGCUCGUCAUCGCCAAGCUCUGGCAGGUGUACGGCGUCCGCAAGCGCGAGAUUUCCAAGAAGCAGCGCAGGGGUGCCAUCAUCGUGCUCGGUAUGCUUGCGACUGCCAACCCGGAGAUUGUGGUCGGGGAGAUGGAGACGAUGCUCCGUACCGGUCUCGGCGCACACGGUCGCGCCGAUCUCCAACUGGCCAAGUACACCUGCAUUGCUCUUCGCCGAAUCAACCCCACAGGCAGGCAGGCAAAGGAAUCCACCGUCAAGUUCUCUCGCCUUCCAAACGAGCACGCCGUUCUGGCCAGGUUGGCAGCCAUCACUGAGGUUCCCUCGGACAGCAAGGAGUGGUAUGGUGUGGCCGAGCAGGCCAUCAACGCCAUCUACGCUAUUUCCAAGCACCCGGAUAUUCUCUGUUCCGAGAUCAUUCGGCACAAGACGAAACGCGUCUUUGCUGCUCCCUCAUCCAGACCCGUGUCUAGGGACGAGAGGCCGUCUUCUCGGGAUGAGAUGGCGUCUCAAUCCUCGCGUUCCGAGAGCAAGGAACCUGACGUGGACGACGACGCCAGCGACGGAAAUGAAACCGUCGUCCCUCCGCCCAAGAAGCGCGACAACGCCAUCGCCUUGUCACAACUUUUGUUCAUCGUCGGUCACGUUGCCAUCAAGCAGAUUGUGCAUCUGGAGCUCUGCGAGCUCGAUUUCAAGCGUCGCAAGCAGGAUCAGGAGAAGGAAAAGACAGCAGAGAAGGCUGCUCAGGCCGCUGGUAAGAAGGACGAGCCUGACGACCUCGAUCUGAUCGGUGGCACCACAGAGGACGACUUCACGGAAGCCAUGGCACACAUUCGUGAGCGAGAGCUGCUGUACGGUCCGGCAUCUCUGCUCGCCCAGUUCGGCCCUCUCGUCUCAGAGAUCUGUGCCAACAACACCACCUAUGCCGACAAGGGACUGCAGGCCGCUGCGACUCUUUGUCUUGCUAAGCUCAUGUGUGUCAGCUCCGAGUACUGCGAGGCCAACCUGCCUCUACUCAUCACCAUCAUGGAGCGUUCCACCGAUGCCACUGUGCGCUCCAACGCCGUCAUUGCGCUCGGAGACAUGGCGGUGUGCUUCAACCAUCUUAUUGAUGAAAACACCGACUUCUUGUACCGCCGUCUGGCCGACAAGGACCAGUCAGUCAAGCGCACCUGCUUGAUGACUCUGACCUUCCUCAUCUUGGCUGGUCAGGUCAAGGUCAAGGGUCAGUUGGGUGAGAUGGCCAAGUGCCUCGAGGACGAGGAUCGUCGUAUUGCCGACCUCGCGAGGAUGUUCUUCACCGAGCUUAGCACCAAGGACAACGCUGUGUACAACCACUUCGUCGACAUGUUUAGUUUACUGUCUGCUGAGAAGGGCUUGGAGGAGGAGAGCUUCAGAAGGAUUAUCAGGUUCCUCCUGGGCUUCGUUGAGAAGGACAAGCAUGCCAAGCAAUUGGCCGACAAGCUCGCUGCCAGACUUCAGCGUUGCGAGACCGAGAGACAAUGGAACGACGUCGCCUUCGCUCUCGGCCUACUGCAGCACAAGAAUGAGGAGAUCACCAAGACCGUCUCUGAGGGUUUCAAGGUGGUUCAACUCGCUGCGUAA